GGAAGUGAGUCCGUCGUUGUCAGCAGCUGCUGCUCAGCUAAGCUAAUGUUAGCUUAGCAUACUGAACGACAGGACGGGACGUUGUCACAGCGACGCUUUGGCGGUGAUCAGGCUGUGUUCAUGAUGGACUUUAUGGAGAAGUUUCUCUGAUUGUAUGAAGAUGUCUGAGCUCCAGAGGAUGAUGAAGUUAGACACCGAGCAACCAGAACCAGCAGCGGAAAGACCGACUGGAAGAAAAUCUGGGGAAUCUCCCCGACUUUCUGGCGUCCACCAGGUCAAACAGGAAGUAGUUUCUGAGGAGAAGUGGAGUCUCAAAACAGACCAGGAGGAGCAGAAGCCUCCAGAGAUUAAAGAGGAACAGGAGGAGAAUGAGAUUACAGAGUUAACUUUCAGUCCUGUCCUUGUGAAGAAUGAAGAUGAUGAAGAGAAACCCCAGCUCUCAGAGCUUCCUCACUGCAAGACCGAAGAGGACAGAGCUUCUGUUGGACCAGAACCAGAUCAGUGUGUAGAAUCAGACAAUGAAGACAACACUUCAGAUUCCUCAGAAACCGAUGUCAGUGAUGGAAACUGGGAGGAAAGCAGCGACUUAUUGGAUACAAACUCUGUUGUAAGUAAUAAAGAUUCAGUGGAUGGUAAUUCAGGAAACGGUGAAUUGCACACCUGCGCAGAAUGUGGCGAAAAGUUCAGCCUCCAGAUUUAUUUAUUAAGACACCAGAGAAUCCACACAGGAGAAAAACCUUUCAGCUGCUCUUCUUGCCGGCAAGCUUUUAUAUUGAAACAUGCCUUAAUGAAACAUGUGGAAACUCACAGUGACGACAAACCUUUCAGCUGCUCCAUCUGUGGUCAGAACUUCAGGAGGAAGGGAUGGUUAACUCAGCACAUGAGGAGACACACUGGAAGAAAACCUUACAGCUGCUCCAUCUGUGACUGUUCUUUUGUGUGCAAGCGUGAAUUAGCUGAGCAUACAAGGACUCAUAGUGGAGAGAAACCUUUCAGCUGCUCUGUCUGCAAGGCACCUUUUUCAAGUGAAAGAACGCUGGUGGUGCACUCAAAAAUCCACAGCGGACAGAAACCACACAGCUGCCCUUAUUGUCCAACAACUUUUAGAAGAAAAGACAGUUUGAAGCGACACUUAAAAACCCACAGUGGAGAGAAACCGUUCAGCUGCUCUGUCUGCAGCCAAAACUUCAGCGUCAGGGAGAGCCUGAAUCGGCACAUGAGGCGUCACACAGGAGAAAAACCUUACAAGUGCUCUGUCUGUGAGGCCCGCUUUCAGCUAAAGCAAACUUUAGUGGAGCACAUAAGAAUUCACACAGGGGAGAAACCGUUCAGCUGCUCUGUCUGUCAGGAAGCCUUCAGGAGAAAACAGGAUUUUGUGAACCACACAAAAAUUCACAGCAAGGCUACCUGUGAGUUGUGCGGCCAAAGCUUCGACAAAGCUGUUCGCUUGGCUCGGCACAUGAGAUUUCAUGACAGUGAGAGAUCUUUCAGCUGCUCCAUUUGCGCAGUGGCUUUUAUCAGGAAGAAUGCCUUAAUCCAGCACAUGAGAACCCACUCAGAGGAGAGACCGUUCAGCUGCUCCGUGUGCAAGGCCACCUUCAAAAGGAAGGAUGGCUUGAAGCUGCACAUGAGGGUUCACACCAGAGAAAAACCGUACAGCUGCAAGGGCUGCAACAAGAAGUUCAGCCAGCUGUCCUGGUCCAAAACGCAUCAGAAACGAUGUUCAAGCUUACGCAGCAAGCUGAGCUGAUGUUGGCUUUCAAGCUACAGAUUAAUGAAGUUUCAUCAAAAUUUCUCAUCAUGGCCUCUAACAGAAAGUUUUUGCAGCAUGAAGGAGCAAUAGGACCAUGCUAAGAAUUUUUUUUACAUUUGAAAUAACAGAACAAUAUCAGAAUUACAUUGUAUUGAUAUUAGAAUAAACUCAUAAUAAUAUGAAAAUUAAGUAGUAAUUUUAAGAGAAAUCUGACGUGAAAAAUAAAACGUUAAAUUGAGGAAUGUUGAGCAUCUUGUGAAGUUAUACUCUAUUGGUUGUUAAAAAAAAGAAAAAGAAAAUAUUUUUAACACAUUAGCAUCAAAUUACUAUCAGCAGCAUGACUUUAACAGGUUUGUGAAAACGACUUCUCUGUUUUCUCUCGGCUGUGUCUCAGAUUAAAGCUCCUCCUGCCUGGACUCAGAGUUUAGGCGGAUGGAUCACGUCUUGAUAAGUUUCUAAUUGUGCCUUACUCUUGAAUGGGAUGUUAAAACAGUAUUAUUGUGUUUUUUAACUCCAACUUUCUUAAAAUGUAUUGACAGCUUCCUCCCUGACCUGUAGCUGUGUUUUUUGGUUUUAUGUUCUUGUUUGUUCAUAAAUCUUCUCAAACAAACUUAUGAGGCCUUCAGUGAACAGCUGGAUUCAUUAAAUUACACACAAGUCGUGACUUCCAUGGGAUUUUUACAUGGAAACUUGUUUCUAAGUAUAAUUAAGUAUAAUUACUAAGUAUAAUUAUCCUAAGACUAAGUAUAAUUAUCCUUCCUUCAGAUUCAUGCACAACAUUUGAACAUUCAAUGAUGUUUGUAGUUAUGGCUGCUGCCUUUGAAGGCAGAAUCUCUUCACCCCACGGGUCAUCUCUGAAUGAAAAAAACAGUUGAUCUGAUGGAAGAUUAUUAUUUUUAUUCAUUUUAAAGAGUUUCAUUUAGAUUAAUUUGAUGUAUCCUAAAUCUGUGCUGU